GCCCCCCCGGACUCACGAGUCCCUGCACCCCCUCCCCCUGCUCCACCCCUGAGUUCCGCGGGACACCAGAACGGUCAGGCGUGGCCAUGGCGUGCAGCCAGCUGUCCGUGCAGCUCAUGUCGUGGGCCCUCGGGGUCGGAGGAGUGGCCUACCUGUUCCACCAGCAGCGCCACCACACGCAGUACGGACGCUACCAGGCGGCGGGGACGGCGUUGCCGGCGCGCCUCGCGUGGUUCCUGCAGGAGCUGCCGUCUUUCCUCGUGCCCGUGCUGCUCCUGCUGGGCGCCGGCGGGGCGGACACCCUGCCCCUGCCCAACGCGCUGCUUCUUCUCAUGUUCUGCGGCCACUACUUCCAGAGGGGUCCUGCUGUUCGCGCUGGGCAUGGGGAUCAACAUCCACAGCGACAGCAUCCUGCGGGGUCUGCGACGCCCCGGAGACACCCACUACAGCAUCCCACAAGGGGGUCUGUUCGAGCUGGUGUCGGGCGCGAACUUCCUGGGCGAGAUCGUGGAGUGGAGCGGCUUCGCGCUGGCAUCAUGGUCGCUCCCCGCGGCGACCUUCUGCAUCUUCACCGUGUGCGCCAUCGGGCCUCGCGCCGUCCACCACCACAAAUUCUACCUCGAAAAGUUCAAGAACUACCCCAAGUCGCGUCGCGCGCUCAUCCCCUUCCUCCUGUGAGCCAGGAGCCAGGGGCUGAGAGCCAGGAGCCAUUGGAGGCGCGCGGUGCCAAUGACCGUGAUGUCAUCGUAGUUAAUUAUAAGAAGCACAGUCGUGCCUGCACCGACAUUGAUCGAACGAAUGAGCGAAUGACUGAAUGAAUGACUGGCUGACCGAUUGAGUGAUUGCAUUGGCAGACUCACUGACCCACUCGUUGACUGACUAAAUUACGAAUUGACAAGCUCGCUAUCCGAUUAAUGAAUUGCCUGACUGCUUGCCUGACAGGCAGCUCAAUGAAUCGCCUAUGGAGCGACUGGUUGUAUAGCCCACUGAUUGACGAUUUGACCUGACUGUUUUACUGGCUGGAUGACCUCAAUGAGGGACUCCUCAUUCACUAAUUGGUUGAAUCACUGUUUGACCCACGAGCUUACUUGAUGAUUGGCUGGCUACCUCAUCCACUUACUAAUUAACGGGAGACGUUUCAUUUAAACCGGAAGAACCCGAUGAGCUAUUUUCAUAUUCAGGUGACGAACGGGCUCACCGGAUACCUCGAUUUGAUUCACCGACCGAUUGGCUAGCCCACUGACCCACUAAUUGACCGACUGGCUAGCCCACUGACUCACUAACUGACUGACUGGCUAGCCCACUCACUCACUAAUUGACCGACUGACUGGUUAGCCCACUGACUCACUAACUGACCGACUGGAUAGCCCACUGACUCACCGACUGACUGGUUAGCCCACUGACGCACCGACUGACUGGUUAGCCCACUGACUCACUAACUCACCGACUGACUGGUUAGCCCACUGACUCACCAACUGACUGACUGGUUAGCCCACUGACUCACCAACUGACCGACUGGCUAGCCCACUGACUCACCGACUGACUGGAUAGCCCACUGACUCACUAAUUGACCAACUGGAUAGCCGACUGACUCACCGACUGACUGGUUAGCCCACUGACUCACUAACUGACCGACUGGCUAUCCCACUGACGCACCGACUGACUGGUUAGCCCACUGACUCACUAACUGACCAACUGGUUAGCCCACUGACUCACUAACUGACUGGUUAGCCCACUGACUCACUAAUUGACCUUCUGGCUAGCCCACUGACUCACCGACUGACUGGAUAGCCCACUGACUCACUAAUUGACCAACUGGAUAGCCCACUGACUCACCGACUGACUGGUUAGCCCACUGACUCACCAACUGACCGACUGACUAGCCCACUGACUCACUAACUGACCGACUGACUAGCCCACUGACUCACUAACUCACCGACUGACUGGUU